AUGUUGCUAUUAAGAAUAUUUCUUCUCGUCGUAUCUUCUGAUAUUCUUCAUGUUAUCGCAUGGGGAUCAAUCGGUCAUAAUCUCGUCGCUCGUCUCGCUCAAAGUCAAUUAAAUUCAACAACAAACAAUUGGAUUCAACAUUACAUUGCGUCCGAUCUUCGCGGUGAUCUAGGUCGGAUAGCAUCAUGGCCUGAUCUAAUACUUUAUCCUGAUACAAAUCCAUUCGAUUAUGUUCACUGGCAAUGGUCACGGGAUUUACACUAUAUCAAUAUUCCAGCUUGGAAUUGCAGCUAUAUUCCAUCACGUGAUUGUGUCAAUGAUCGAUGUAUUGAAGGUGCAUUGAAAAACUAUUCACGACGAUUAGUCGAUCGCAAUAGUGAUUAUGUGGAACAACAGCAAGCUUUGAUAUUUCUUGUGCAUUUUCUCGGUGAUAUUCAUCAACCAUUGCAUAGCGGUUUUAAGAACGAUCAAGGUGGAAAUACUGUCAAAGGAUUUUUUCUCAAUGGUAAAAAUCUGACUAAUCUACAUACGAUCUGGGAUGUGGAAAUCAUUGUCAAUCGUAUUCAACGACAUUUUCAAUCCGAUGUCAAUCUUUAUUACAAUCAUCUGUUGACUUUAAUGUUAAAUCGAUCGUCAAUGAUCAAUGAAACAUAUAAUAAUUAUGAAGAAUGGGUGAAAGAAAGUGUAGAUUAUGUCUGUAAACAAGUUUAUCUCAAUGACAAUGGAACGCGAUUGAAUGUUUCGCUUAACUUCACAUUAGGAGAAGAAUAUUUCAAUCGAAAUUGGCCAACUGUUGAUCAACGUUUAACACAAGCUGGUUGGAGAUUAGCGACGUUAUUAAAUCAUUUAGCUGAGCAACGAUCAUCAACAAAACUUCCACCUGAUAUGCAAGCCUUGAUUAUCAUGGCAUGUAUUGCAAUUGGGAUCUUUAUUCUCGCUACUAUCGGAUUCUAUCAAUACAAACCGCCAGAAAUUCCUGAUAGAAGUCCUUUAUUAGCUGAAUGA